AUGGCCACUGGGGACACGGCAAACUCGGACCUCUUCAAUGCCCAAACCAGCGCUGCCCUGCUGGAUUUGCUUGUGGAGAACGGUGUCUACAAAGCAAAGCAAAGUGUGGUGGCAAGGGGAGCACUUCUUGGGGGAAGCUGGGCAAGUUACUGGCUCUGGCAGCUCUCCAACUGUCCCCCGUGUCCCCUCCAGGUGCCGGCCAUAGUCAGGUGCAUCCAUCAGUGGCUCACGUCCAAUGUAUCUGAUGAGCACAGGCUGGACAAGACUCUGGUCCUGCUGACUGAGGCACACCCCACGGAUGUCGCAGUGACCCUGCUGCGCUCUGCCCCAGCCUGUGACAGAGCUGCUCGCACCAUGUGGAAGACGCUCAUCUCCUCCAGAUGGACUAAGGAGCCGGUGCUGCAGAUCCUCUUCUGUGUGCUGGAAUACUGGCCAGCGCACAGGAGACGCACCUCUGAUGGGGAUGAGAGGGAUGUCUUUGCCCUGGCUGCAACUGUGGCACUCUGGGAGAUCCUCCAGCUGUCCCACUCCUGGUGCCCAAGUGCAGUGAAGGACAAUUUCCCGCGCCUCCUUCUGACUCUGCUCUUCCAAGUUUUCAUCAGCACAGAGGAGAUGUCAGAGGAGGUCGAGACCUUCUGGAGGCGAUGCCGGGAGCAGCGCAGCCUUCCCCCCAACCCCAACAGGUUUGCAGUGCAGACUGUUAAAGCCCUGCUGCGCCAGCUGCUGGAUGAGGACGUGUUGAUGGUGAUCGGUCGCAAGUGUGGCUGGGACAUGCUCCUCAAGGCUGACAGCCACCACUAUGCAGUGGGUCUGCUGGCCAGGGAGCUGUGCCAUGUCUCCUGCUCCUUCGGUCGCAGCAUUGCCGUCAGCCUGCUCCCGCGGCUCAGCAGGGGAGAGCCCCUGUGGGAACUGCCUGCCCUGGCAUUCCUGGUGGAGGUCCUGCACUGCUUGAUCCCCAGACAAUAUGGGCCCAGCAUCCUGCAGAUUAUUUCCAGGCACCUGCGCAGUCAGUGCCCGGAGAGGCGUCGCCUGGCGCUCCGAGGCCUGGUGGUGCUCAGCAAGGCUCCCUCAAUGGCUAAGAGCAUCCGGAGCCUGAAUGAAAGCCUCCUGGAGCUACUGCAGGAUGCAGACACGGACGCGGUUGAGAUGACUCUCACUGUGUUCAUCAAUGUGCUGGGCUUGAAAAUCAUCCAAAUAUCCAGCCCAAUAGCCCUGAAGUUGCUUGAGGCGCUGCGGCCACUCUUUGACAACGAGCACAGCCAGCUGCAGCAGCUCUCCAUGCUCCUCUUCCGGGAGCUGAUGGAAGCGACAGAGAGGAGCAAGAGCCUAAAGCCACACGUGUACCUGAGUCUGGUGCCAUUCUACUUCAACUGGCACGAUGAGAACCAGCGUGUGGCAGAGGCCUCUCGGAGAGCACUGUUUGGUGCAGCCAGGUUCCUGAAGUGGAGGGAUCUUGAGCACUUGGUGACCAUGGAGCAGCCGUGGAGGUUUCCCGAGUGCCUGCUGGAAAAGGACAGGAGCCAAGUGGGCCAGUACGUGCGCCAGGCCCUGGCGUUCCUGGAGAGCCCAGAGGAGCCCCUGCGAAAGCUGGCCAUCAAG